AAUUCUUUAGAACGUCUCUCGAGCCCAGAAAACCCCAGUGGCCGGGAAGGCGACCACCCUGGAAUGUAGGGGACGAAGAAACCCCCCUCGGAGGAAAUCCUAAUGCUCGUCUUCUCUCGCCUUACUACCUCGACCUCCUCGUCCUCCUUCGCAACCCUAAGAAGGAUGCCUCCUUCCUUGCCGAGAUGGCCGUCUUCCUCCGAAGCGCCCCCGCCGCCGCCUUGCAGCCCUCUUUCGAAUGGUUGUGGUGCUAAAGAAAAUUACCACUGGAGCUAUGCUUUCACAUUCUGUGGCAUUGGAAGAAUUUCGUGAAGGAAUAAUAAGAUGCUUUAGGGUGAUGCUUCUCAAUUUACAACCUUGCUCUGUUAGUUCGUGUUCAUGCAAACAAAGGGUUAUCAUGCCUACAUCCAAAUCUAUUGAUGGUGCUUUUGUGCAUCAUAAUACUCUCUCAAGGGAUUGUGUUGAAUCACUAGAAUGUUUGCUAGCAUUUCUCCAAUCUCAAAAUGCUUCAGCUGCAGUAGGGCAUUGGCUAUCACUUCUUCUCCAAGCUGCUGAACUUGAGGCACUGAGAGGACACUGUGGAAGUGCAAAUCUCCGGAAAGAGGCAUUUCUGACCCUUCGAGUCCUUGUUGCCAAGGUUGGUACUGUUGAUGCACUUGCCUUCUUUCUACUGGGCGUUGUAAGCCGUUUUGCAAAGGCCUUAUAUGUAUCAAAAAAUAUGAUUAGUGGUGCUGCUGGAAGCUCUGUAGCCAUCGAGCAGCCUAUUUGUGGUUUGACUGAGUUCUUGAUUAUUGUUUUAGAUGACAAGGCAAAUCUUCACUCCCUUGAGAUGCCUGUAAAUGAUAUUGGAUCACUUUCACCCAUGGAAAAUAAAUCUACCCAAUCUGUCCUAGAGGCUCUUCGUAGUUUACCUUUAAAUGGUCAUGUUCAGUCAGCAAAUAUGAUUGGAGAUUCUUUUAAUCAAGCUAUCAACGAUGAUCAUAAACGAAAGAUAGUUGAUCAUAGCAAUGGCAAAAGAAAUUUAUUCGUACAUCGUUCCAAGGAGUGGAUUGAUGAAACUUCUUCUAAUGUUGAUAAAUUAAUGUCUGCUGCAUUUCCACAUCUUUGUAUUCAUUCUGCAGAAAAGGUCAGAAAAGCACUUGUAGAUGGCAUACAGGGGCUUCUGUUGAAUUGCAGAUGCACUUUGCAAAGAAGCAAAUUAAUGCUUUUGGUGAGUAUACUGUCUAUGCGAGCUGUAUCCUCAGAGUUAGAGGUCCUUGGUAGGCAUCAACACCCAAAUUUAACUAUUCCUUUUCUAAAGGCUGUGGGUGAAAUUGCAAAGGCAUCACAAACUGAAGCAUCUUCUUUGCCAGAUCAGACUGAAAUAUUUAGUGCACACGUCAGCUCCAAGAUUCUUAUGAUGCAAAAAUGGAUUAAUGAGAAUCAUGUGGAUAGUAGCUCCUUCUCCAUGUGUACCAAAUCCCAGGCUCAACCAGAAAUUGGAUCUGUCAAUUUUGAUGAUGUUAGUCUUCACUUGGAAUAUUGGGAGGAAUUAUUGUUUAAGUUUAAUGAGAUGAAAAGAUACAGAAGAAUUGUUGGAUCUCUUGUUGGAUCAUGCUUAAAAGCUGCAUCACCACUUGUUUCUUCACAGAAAGAAUCAGCUUGUCUGGUGUCUCUGGACAUUUAUGAUACUUUGGGUCAUGGGUACAAUCCAAGCAUGGGCCAUGCUGCUUGGUUUUUGGAUGUUUCUGUAUCUCUUGCAAAAGUGGAGGAAGCUUAUAAGCACGAGAAACAAACCAAAGCAGCAAUCUGGGAAGCAGUUCAGUUGCUAUCACUAAAUGAUCUGAAAGAUGGGAUGGAGGCUGCAGAUGACGAAGCUGACGAGAACAGAGUGCUUCCAGCAAUGAACAUAAUCUGGCCUUAUUUGAUUCUUUGCCUUAAAAAUAAGGUUUCAGUGGUAUGAUAGAUUUUUUUUUUGCUAAUUUAGUAAAUCUCUUUGGUCUUUUUUCCGUUAACAUUUAGCCUAUUCUGCGACAUCGUACUUUGCUCGAUUGUCUGAUUUAUGCUGAAGCUUCAUAUAUAUUUCUCAUGUCUUGGGAAUGGGAAUGGAGUGGUUGAUAAGAAAUUAAAAAAGAAAAGACAGAGGAGAAUAAUGAUAAUAUUUAACAAUGAGCUCAAGUACCAUAGGAUCAAACACAUACUAGUCUUGAGUGUAGAGAUAGACAUUUUAUCUAAUCCUUCUUGCUUUAUUUGAUAAUGAAGUUGUAACAAUUGUUAAUGCUUGGCAGCUCCAAUAACACCAUAUUUUGUUUGAUGUUUUAGUGGAUUAUGUAUGGUUAUGCAUAUAGGACAAUAGGGGGGUUUGGAGCUUUAGGGCUUAUGUAAUGAGAGAGUUAAGAGGUAGGAUAAUUGGGGGAGAAAUAAGAUAGAUAUUAGGUGGAUAUCUUGGAUUCACUCAAGUCUACCAAACUCACUUCAUGGGAAGAUUGUUGACAUCACAUCACACUGUAUUGUGGUCACAAGAAAUUAAAUCAAGUUAGUACAAUCAUAGGAUACAUGCUCAUAAAAACUA